CCCACAGAACUUAACCCUCUAACAGACGAGUCCAGAUAAACCCUGACUGGAGUCAGACACACACUGAAACACACCCGUGUGUUAAAGAAAACGCGUUUAUCAGUGUUUGGAUGAAUCGCAGUGUUGUUUUAUAAUCUCGAGUCCAGCGCACGGAGCAGGAAUGUCCCGGAGGAAACAGAGCAACCCGAAGCAAUUCAAACGAGUGUCUGAAAAUGGGCUUGAGGUAGACUCUGAGGAGAAGGUGUGUGAGAAGAGAGAUUUAUUGAAAGAUGAAAACAGAUCUGUUGAGGAAGAACCUCUUUACUUCUCUGAGCCUGAGAACAUCAUCUUUACAGAUGGAGAUCACGUGAAGAAUGAUGAAAUGGGCAGAAGUUUAAAGGUGGAACAACAAGACAGUGACGGACAGGAAGAGAGAGCUCAGCCCAGCCCAACGAUAGACCAAUGGGAUGGCCCAAGGGAGCUAAAAAUGGCUGAUGAAACAGGAGAGAGGAGGAUUCAAUCUUGUCACGCGCUUCCUCUGGGUACCACAUGGGGUCCUUUCCCUGGGAAGAUUGAGAUGGCCACAGGAGGAAGUGACAAGGUUUCGUUGGUCCUGAGUGGAGGUCCCCGCUGGCUGAUGGAUUUGAUGUUGGUCAGUGCAGAGGGUGGCAAGAGCAACUGUGCAGUUUACAGCAAAGGAGGACACGUGUGGUGCUCCACAACAAAAAACAUGAUGGAGGGAGAAGAACUUGCAGCCUGUGUGGUAGAUUUGCAGUUUCAUCUACAAAUGGCAGCCCAAACUCCCUAUGGUCAGGGGAUGUUUCCGGCCCGACUGCUGGACUCCAUCCAACUCCUUCCUCAGCAAGCAGCCAUGGCGUCCAUUCUGCCCGGCGCUAUCAUCAACAAAGACAUCUUCCCCUGCAAGACGUGUGGCAUCUGGUUUCGGAAUGAAAAGAACCUUCAGGCCCACCUUAUGUAUUACUGCAGUGGGCGGCAAAGAGACCCUGAGAUGGCCUCUGAAAAAAAUGACAAUAUCAGCCAUCAAAUGCUUCGAAGUUGCACAUACCCUCAAUGCAAUAUGAGCUUUGCAGGCUCACAUGCCCUGGAAAUGCACUUAUCCACACAUAACAGUCUUAAGUCAGAAGAAACAUCCACUGAAAGCAACUUAAAAUGCACAAUAUGUGACUACACUGCUGAAACGCUUAUGGUACUGCAGCACCACAUCCUCACCCACCUAUCGCAAACCGGCCUGAGAUGCAGUCACUGCCAUUUUACAUUCCAAACCCCCAGAGAGCUGGCCAAACACCAGGAACUACAUGGACAUGACAUUAUAGGCAUCAAACCCAUCAAAGAAGACAAAGCUGAUAACAGUCAUAGCACUGCAGGCAGUCCUCAACAAGUUCAAGCUAAUUCAAACAUAAAAGACCUUCAGGAAAGCAUGGUACAAUGUAACAUUGGUCAGAUAUCAGAAGCAGAAAUCACAGAAAAUGAGCAGUUAUCCACUAAGGGUGAUGACAACACUGGAAACAAGGCUAAUGUUUCAUAUUCCAGAGUAAAGUCAGAACCCUCUAGCCCCCGUUUGGCAUCCUCACCCAUUCAGCACCACCUGCCUGCUGCCUUUCCUAUAGCUCCCUACAUGCCACAUGUCCCAUUCUCACAGGAUAUUACCAUGGGGCCACAGGCAUCUGAGAUACUGGCCAAAAUGUCAGAGUUGGUCCAUCGCAGGUUACGUCAUGGAGGAAAUGGAGGGAGCGCUUACCCUCCAGUUAUGUACAGCACACUUGUACCGAAAGGUGCAACAUGCUUUGAAUGCAGUAUCACUUUUAAUAACAUUGAUAAUUAUUUGGUGCACAAGAAGCAUUACUGCAACAGUCGCUGGGAGCACACGCCUAAGCCAAAUGACUUCCCUGGACUUAUGGAUAAACCAGCAGGCACUGUCAGUCCUAAAGUUGCAGCCAGUUUGGCUGUUAUGCUGAAUGCUGGCCAAGUUAAAGGUCAUGAAUCUACCCCUUGCAAUCCAAUUGCAGGUGGAAAAGUCUUGGAUGAACUCUCUGUGCAUGUUAAAAAAGCAUCAACUCCCUCUGGUGCACAAGAGAGGCCAAAUGGCACACAGUUGGAUUUACAAAGCCCCAAAAUGCCACCCACUGAAACUGACAUGGACCCCAGCCAGACAACAUGUGAGGCAUGCAAGAUCACCUUUAACCGCCACGAAACCUUCAUGGUGCAUAAGCAAUAUUACUGUGCCACCCGCCACGAUCCUCAAGUGAAACGUGCAAACAACAAUAAAGGACAAGCCAAUCAGAAAGCAGUGCGCCCACGGAAAAGAAGAAAGGCAUAUGAGCUGGCUGCUUCUGAACAAGAACAAAUGCCACAUAUGGGUAUGCCAUCAUUUCUUGCUAUUCCCAAUAUAGGUGGUUCAUACAUGUCGAAGGAUGCAAUGGAGAGCUUCCGGGACCAUCAGAGAUACAACAUGAUCCAAGGCUUGGUACCCAAAUAUCCAGAGGCUUCAUUGACGGUUUCAAAAUCAGCUCUUGCAUCAAAAUGUAAUACAAUAUCCAAGGAGGAAGGUGAUGCACCUAUAGAUCUCAGUAAGAAAUGCACGCCACAGUUUGGAAACACUCCACUAUCCCCUAAAGGACUUAUGGAUUAUCACGAGUGUGCAGUGUGCAAGAUAAGCUUCAACAAAGUUGAGGACUAUCUUAAGCACAAACAGAACUUCUGCCCCGGCACUGUUUUUCAAGAUAAAUCUACCGAGAACAAUGUACAUCUAAGCAUCAAAAAGGAUGCCCUCUUCAAGUCCCCAGCUCAUCAUGCAAAAAUUGAGUAUCCAAAAGCAGUGACAACAUCUGAUAUCCAAGCUUCGAUUGAAGACCACUUGAUCCCAAUAAAAGAGGAACUGAGAAGCACCUUUCAGUCCUCUGGGUGUUACCCAAGUUCUGCUAAGAAAAUGAGACCCGAUGAGCAAAUCUGGCCUUACUAUGAAAUCAAAACUACCGAUUACGCUACCGGGAUGCUUGUCAUGCAAAGUGAAUGGAGGCAGAGUCCAAACGAGGGUAGUGAGGGUGAGAGAGACCAGCCGAUGCCAGAUGGUAGCCAUCUAAGCACAGAGGACCCUGAGAACAAGGGCAAGACUUUACCCUUAAAUGACAGACUUGAUCCUGAGGACAAGACCGAGGAUUUGGGAAAUAAACAACACGGCUCCCCUACACAAGAUAUUCACACAGACAACGCCAUCAACUGCAAAGAGAACAUAGCUCUGUUGCCAUCUCUAAAGACUGAGGAGGUCUCAACCACCUUCAAAAGAGUACUGAACGGAUCCAUUGCCACCACUAGCAAUGUGAAGUAUUGCCGGCCUUGUGACAUCCAAUUCAACAACCUGUCAAACUUUAUAACACAUAAGAAGUUUUACUGCUCAUCUCACACUACGGAACAUGUAAAAUAGUAACAUUGCCCCUUGUCUUAUAUAUGCCAAUCCACACUAGUAGAAAGUAGUGCUGUAAACCAAGAGAGGAUAGUUAUAAGGUCAGAAACAUACUUUACGUAAGUACGUGAACGCAGAUGUGAAUGCUUGGUCAACGCAUUGCCAAAGCGGGGUCCAGAUGAACAUACAUAAGUUGCGUUCUUACGGAACCCCUAAAGGGCCAACGUGGUGGGGGAACAAUUUGUGGUGUGGGGAAAAAAAUAAGCAAAUGCUUUUGCAGGCUAUUGCAUAAAUAUCAACUAUUGUUUUAUAUGUAUGUUUAUGCGGGCAUUUAUCAUGCAUCAGCAGAUAGCAACAAAAUCAAAACCUUCUGUCACCACACAUAAUGAAGCAUUUAUUGUAAUAAUAAUAAUAAUAUGUGAUUCAGUUGUGAGCAACAGAAUUCCAUUUAAUUUGAACUGUGUUGUCUUUAUUUUCAGACAUUCAUAAAUUGAAGAUGAUUUUAUGAUUUGUUGGCUUCACACUUUCAUUGGCUUUAUCUUCCUGUUGAACUGAAAAGCUGGAAUAAUGCUGGAAUACUCAUAGGAGAGCUAUUUGACACACAUUUUGCGAGAGAACGCUAAAUAAUUUGCGAGAGAAUGCUAAAUAAUUAGCAAGAAAAUGCCAAAUUUUUGCAAGAGCACGCAAAACUUCUCGGGGGACGUAAAAGCUUUUGCUUAUUUUUUCUCCCACCCAAAUAAUUUUUCCCCAAUACCUUGACUCUAUAGGGGCUCAGUAUGUUUGUGCAUUACUGUGGUGGUAACAAAUCUUAGUUCUCAAGGAGAUGAUAGAGUUACGUUCAAAUGUAUGUGCCAUUAACCUGGAUGUGUUAUUAUAUAUUGCUCAGCAAUAAUCUCUUCAAACUGUUGUGCAGCCAUGACAGUAGUUGACUUGAAAGGGACUCAUCUUAGAAGCAGACUUCUCUAGUGCCCCUUGUGGCAUUGUUGAGAAUGCAAUGCAUACUUGUCUUGUUUUAUGAAUUGCGAUCUGACACAUUUAUUUAACAAAACAACACACGAGCUUGCGUAGCUAGAAGUGCCUGAAUUCACGUACUUGUGUAGAGUAUGUUCGGCCUUCACCAUCAGUGAUAAUAGACACUUGGUUUGACAUCUGAAUCCAUUUGCUUGCAACUGACACUUGUGGGAAUCUCUUGGCUUUCAUUAGUCAUGACUGAAAGUGACCACUUGCCCCAUCUUUCAAACAAGCAUUGAAUUGUUCAUAUUAGACUUUUCACAAGCACCAAUUUAACUGUAGUGGUCAUUUUUUUAAUUCUGUGCUGGUUUACACAGCAGCAGGAGGACAAUCAAAUCAGGAGGUUUAUCCUUCAGUCAUUUAAUAGAAACUUUGAAGAUAUUUGUUAUGAGUAUUGUGUGUUCAUACUUUGUUGUGUUUUUAUGUAUGUAUUUAAUUAUAGUUUCAACUCUAAGAAAUGCAGAUUUGAAAUUAAUUAGUUUAAGAACAUUUUCUCUAAUGUCUAUUUACAGAGAAAAUAAUAAAAAAGAAAAAUCUAUGGUGGAGCAACCUCUACCUUGACUAUUGUGUCAACAUAUUCUUAUAUACUGGCAAUCAUGUUUUUUGAAUGAAUAAUUGUAAAUACAUGUCGAGUUUGUCUUUGAUGUUUCUUUAUGCUUAAAUAUGUUUUUCUUGUUAAUGCAGAACUCUUCUUAAAAAGGUGACCUGUAUGUGUGUUGGUUGAUUCAUUAUCUGUUUUUUUUUUUUUUAAUGUUUGGCUUCUAAUGCAAUACUUUUUAAAAGAUGAAACAUUAUUUAUUAUGUAUUACAAAAGGGUAACUUUUUUUACUUGGACCCCAGAAAUUGUCUGUGUGAAGUGUUUACUAAAGUCUUGCUAAAGAAUUAGAGUUUACACUUGGUACUAAUGGAUGACUCAUUGUAACAUUUGCUACAGAAACACAAAAUCUCAUUAAAAAAAAUGCUGUUAAAAUGUGUUCCUAUGCAUGUACAUGUUUGGAAUGAAAUUCCAGAAAUGUUAUUUUAUGUGGCAUCAAAAUUAAAAUUCAUAU